CAGUGCGCUGUGUCCCUCGGACACAGCGGAUCACUGAUCAACAGAAAGAGCCGAAGAUGUCGGCUCAGUCAUGUGAUCAGCUGUGUCCAAUCACAGCUGAUCGCAUGGCACUGAUGAUCAGUGUGCUCUGAUGAUCAGUGUAGCCCCAGCAGUGCCACCUGUCAGUGUCCAUCAAUGCCAGCUGUCAGUGCCUCAUCAAUGGCACCUGCCAGUGCCCAUCAGUGCACAUCAAUGCCACAUAUCGGUGCCCAUCUGAGUUUGCCUUUCAGUGCCACCUAUCAGUGCCAGUCAGUGCCACCUAUCAGUGCUGCCAGUCAGUGCCACCUAUCAGUGCUGCCAGUCAGUGCCACCUAUCAGUGCCCGUCA